AUGGGCAAGUAUCGCCUCGCCGGCGUGAAGGAGGCGCCGGUGUUUCACCCCUCCGCGGCGGAGUUCGAAGAUCCGUAUCGGUACAUCGCGUCCAUUCGCGACGAAGCGGAGGCGUUCGGGCUGUGCAGGAUCGUCCCUCCCGCGGGAUGGCGCGUUCCUUUCGAUCAAGACACGUCCGCGUUCGCGUUCAAGACGCGGAUACAGACGGUCAAUGAACUGCAGCUGAGGCUCAAGAAAGGGAAGAAUCGCAGCUUCCGCACGGAGUACGCGGACUUCAUGCAGAGCAGAGGGCAGAGCGUCACGCGCUGGCCCGUGUUCGGCGGCAAGAAGCUCGACCUUCAGGCGCUGUACGAUACCGUCACGAGCCGAGGCGGAUUCGAGGCGGCGUGCAAGGGGAAGCAAUGGCGCGACGUCGCGCGCGCGAUGGACGUUCCCGCGUCCGCGACGUCCGCGGCGCUGGUUCUUCGGCAGCUCUACGAGAAGUGGCUGCUGCGUUUCGAGCAGCACAAGGCGUCCACGGAGAGCGGCUCCCCGAACGGCAAGGGAAAGGACGCCGCCGGCGCGAAGAAGGAGAGAGAGUCCGCGAAAGAACGCGAGAAGCGCGAACGCGCGGAGGCCGCCGCGGCCGCCGCGGCCGCGCAGGAACCGCCCACCGCGGGCGAGGAGGACCUCCUCGAGGCGCUGUUCGAGCUCGGAAACGUCGCGCCGAAGCGCCCGAAGCUGGAGAUGGGCCUCGAGGAAGUCGCGCAGCAGCUCGACGAGGAAGCGAAAGGGCCGCUGAUACACGCGUGUCUGAACUGCGGCGGCUCAUCGCACGAGGAGUCCAUGAUCCUGUGCGACGGAUGCGACCAAGGGUACCACAUGUACUGCCUCUCCCCGCCGAUGGAGGAGCUCCCGCGCGGGGACUGGUUCUGCCCCAACUGCGUCGCCGCCGCGAACGACGCGUCAGACUUUGGGUUCAACUCCGGGAAGACGUUCACGAUGGACGAUUUCGAAAAGUCGUGCCGGGACUUCGACGAGGCGUUCUUCGGCGGGGAGGACGCCCUCGCGAAGACGUCCACCGCAGACAUCGAGGAAGCGUUCUGGAAGAUGGUCGAGGAAGGCUGCGAACGGAGCGUCGACGUGCACCACGGCGGCGACGUCGACGUGUCCGCCAACGGCGGCGGGUUCCCGCGCCGCGUCGAGGCGCGCUCCUCGGGCGGCGCUGAUACGCGGCCGGACGACGUGAUCGCCGCGGCGGAGCACGCGUGGAAUCUGAACAACAUCCCGCGACAGGGCGGCGAGCACGCGUCGUUGUUGCGCCAAGUCACGGAGAACGUUCCGGGGAUCACGAUGCCGCUGAUGCACGUCGGGAGCACGUUUUCGUCGUUUUGUUGGCGGUACGAAGACCACAUGCUGUACUCGAUCAAUUACAACCACGCGGGCGCGGCGAAGACGUGGUACGGCGUCCCCGGGGCCAGCGCGGACGCGUUCGAGGAGUCGUUCAAGCAGUCCACCCCGGAUCUGUUCGCCGCGCAGCCGGAUUUGGUGUUGUCCCUCGUCACGAUGCUGUCGCCGUCGCUGCUGCAAAACGACGGCGUCCCGGUGUACCGCGCGGACCAAAAAGCGGGCGAAUUCGUCGUGACGUUCCCGAAGGCGUACCACGCCGGGUUCAACUGCGGGUUCAACGUCUCCGAGGAGGUGUGCUUCGCCCCCCCGGACUGGCUCCGGUUCGGGAACGACGCCGUGGAGCGGUACCGGUUCUACCGCAAGCCGAGCGUUCUGUGCCACGACGAGCUCGCGUGCGUCGUCGCAGCGGACGAUCCGUCGGCGGAGGUGGCGAAGUGGCUCGUGUCGGACAUAAAGCGCAUCACUCACGACGAGCGCGCGGGAAGAGAGCAGCUGUUCACGGACGGCGUCGUGCGGAGCAAGCGGUACGUCCCGAAGAAGCUCGCGAUGGCGGCGAUGGCGAAGAAGCGCGAGUCGGACGUCCCCGGCGGCGGUUUUGGCGGCGGGUCGAACGCGAACGCCUCGUCGCUCGCCCUCGACGCCGCGCUGGACCCCACCGCGGAGACGGAGAGCGUCCUCGCGCUCGAGAACGCGAACGGCGCGUACGACCGCGAGUGCACGAUCUGCCGGUACAUUCUUCACUGCAGCGGCGUCGCGUGCAGCUGUAACCCGAACCGGCCGGCGUGCUUGCGUCACAGCGCCGAGCUGUGCGACUGCCCGCCGUCGCACCGAGUCAUGUUCUACAGGAAGUCCAUCGCGCAGCUCGAGCGGCUGUGCAACGACGUCGAGCGCGCGUCCGGAAAGAGAAGCAAAGCGUCGGACAAAGAGAAGGCGUUCGGCUCCGCGAAAGCGCGGCAGAAGCGCGCGGCGGCGUGGGUGAAGAAGGCGAAGGAGACGCUCGCGGUCAAAUCGCCGCCAAAGGACCUUCACGAGCUCGAGCAAAUCAUGAUCGCCGCGGAGGAGUUCACCUGGGCGGGAGAGGACAUGAACGAAGUCCGAAAGCACGCCGCGAAGGUUGGGAUCGCGAUCGCGUUCCAGAGAGAGCUCGCGGUGCUGAAGCGUCGGCUCGCCGCGGAGGACGAUGACGCGUCCGACGAGAAGACGGAGGGGAAAGAUCGGUGGGUCGCCCCGGGCGUGGACGACGCGGACGUCGUCGCGCGCGCCGCCGCCGAGGCGCCGAUGCGCGGCAAGCGAGGGCAAGAGGCCGUUUCGGUCGCCGCGACGGUGGGCCCCGUCAAGGAGGACCCCGUCAAGGAGGACCCCGUCAAGGAAGAGGAGGAAGGCGGCGACGUCGAGAUGGCAGACGCGGCGGCGGAUGGCGAAAAGACCGCCGGAACCGCCGCCGCCGCCGGCGCCGGCGCCGCCGCCGCGGGAAAAAAAUCCUGCGGCGCCCCCGCGCGUCGCAUGACGUUAGACCGCCUCCGCGAGCUCCUGAACGCGGCGCCGUUCCCGCUCCCUCCCGCGGACGCGGACGCGUUCGCGAAAGCGCUCGAGACGGGCGAGGACCUGGAAUCGCGCGUCGUCGCCGCGCUCGACGAGCGCCCCUACCCGAACCCGAAAAAGUUCGCCGCGCUCCUCGCGGAGGUGGCGCGCGGCCCCUUAGAGGUGACGUCCGCGCGGAGGAUCAAAGACGCCGUCGCCGCCGCGCACGCGUGGGCGGACGCGCAUCGUAAGGCGCUCCCCGGGCGCAGGCACCGCCCCGCGCGCGCGGAUCUGCCCACCACGGAGGACUUGCUCGCGCUCAAAGCGAGAAGCGCACAUCUCCCGGUGCAACCCAACGACGUCGCGUCGCUCGACGCCGCCGUGGAAGAGACGAACGCCUGGGCGGCGAGAGCGACGAGCCUGAUGGCGACAACGCCGUCGUGCGAGCUCGAGGACGCGAAGAAGCUCCUGGAACAGGGCGCGGAGCUCCCGUGUCGAUGCGACGAGAUGGACGCGUUGGAGUCGGCGACGACGGAGGCGACGACGUGGGCGGAGGAGGCGGUGGCCGCGGACAACGCCGACGCGCCUCUGAACAUGCUGUGGAGCCUGCACGAGAGCGCGACCGGGAUGUGCGUGCGCGCGAGCGAGGAGCUGCGGAUGCUCGUGGAGCGCAUACGCGUGCGGGAGUGGGCGGACCCCGCGAAGCUGGUCGCGGUGGGGAAGCCGAAGCCCAGCGUCGUCGAGGAGAUCAAACGCGUCGCGGCGCAGGGCGCAGCGAUCAUCGAGACGGCUGGCGGUGACGAGCGCGUGCGCGAGGAGCACGUUACGGACGCGGAGCGGCAGCUGCUCGAGAAGCUCCGCGCGUGCGUCGAGAACGGCGAGGCGUGGGAGAAGCGCGCGAAGGCGGUGGCGGACGCCGCCGCCGCCGGGAACCUCAAGCCGCUGGAGGAUUUGGAGAAGCUCGUCGCCGAGGCGCAAAAAAUUCCCGCGGCGUUGACGCACUACAAGGAGCUCUUCGACGCGAGCGUCGCCGCGCGGUCGUGGGUCGAGAAGGCGCAGCUGUGCCUCAAGGGGAAGCAGCUCACGCGGCGGGGCGCGAACGCGCCGCCGCCGACGCUCGCGCACGCGGAGCGUCUGAUUCGCGACGCCGGGAAGUUUUCCGUCUCCGUCAAGGAGCUCAGCGCGCUCGAGGAACGCGUCGAGGACGCCAAGGCGUGGGGCGUGCGCGCGGAGGAGGUGGUCGACCACUGGCGCGAGGACGGCGCGGAGCAGAAGUUCGAGCAGCUCCUGAUCGACCACGAGUCGUACGGGUUGGAGCUCCCCGCGGCGGCGGACGUUCGCGCGUGCCUCGCCGCGUUGGCGUGGGAACGAGAGGCGAGAGACGCGGUGAAGGAGAAGGACGGCGUGCCGACGUUGGAGCUCCUCGAGGAUCUCAGAACGCGCGCGGACGACAUCGACAUGGAGGACAUCGAGGACGGCCUGGGCGAGGACCUUAUGAGAAGGUUGGAGGCUGUCGAGGAGUGGACGAAGAAGGUGGACGAGGCGCUGAGGUUCAGCGUCGGCGCCGGGGGAUCGGCGCCGAAGACGAUGUCAGCGGAGAGAGCCGCCGCCGCCGCCGCCGCGCACGCGGAGCGACGGCCGCAGCCGGAGAUCAUCAAGGCGUUCAUCGACGAAGGGAAGAAGCUCCCCGCGAUCGUCCCGAGAGUCGCGGAGCUGGAGACCAUCCUGGACGAGCACCAGAAGUGGGUGGAGUCCGCGCGCGCGCUGUUGGGUCCGCCGAAGCCGAAGCCGACGCCGGAGGAGCUCCGGGCCAAGGCGGACGCGGACGCCGCCGCGGCGGCGACCGCCGCGGGAGAGGACGCCGCAGCCGCCGCGGCAGCCGCCGCGGAAGCGGAGGCGGAGCGGAAGCGCCAGAGUAAGAACAGCAAGAAGAAGAAGAAGGGCAAGGGUGGCAAGUCCGCGGCGGCGCCCGACGCGAAACCCGCGACGGCGGCGGAUGCGAAACCCGCGGCGGACGAAGCAAAGGAAAAGGCGCGCAUCGCCGCCGCGGCGACGCGCGUCCGCGACGAGGUCGAGAAAAAGCUCGCGGCGCGCGCGGAAGCUGGUAACGACGCGGACACCCGCCCCGCGAUGGCGGACGUGAUCGAGAUGCAGACGACGGGGGAAUCUUUACCGUUGAAGUCCGAGGAAGGGAUCGAGCUCGCCGCCGCCGUCGCCUCCGCUGCGGCUUGGUCCGAGCGCCUGCGCAAGGUGCUCGUGCGUCCGCGAUCCUCCGCGGGCGUGCACGCGAUCGCUGUGGACGACUCGAAGACCGCGCUGACGCUCAUCGUACAAAGCAUCCGCGCGGCGACGUACGACCUGGAAGGCACGGGCGAACCCCCGGAGAGCGAAGAGGGCCAGUUUUGUUUAUGCCGCCAACCCGGCGGGCGAGAGAUGCUCGGCUGCGACGUGUGCGGGGACUGGUACCAUCUCCGGUGCGCGGGCGUCACCGCCGGGUUCGCGCGAGGGGCGAAGAACUACGUGUGCCAAGCCUGCCUCGCCGCGCAAGGCGACGUGUUCAAGCUGAACAAGCCGGACGUGGUGUACAAGCACAUCCACAGGACGCGCCGGCCGACGCUCACGGUGCUCGGCGAGAUGCUCCUCGAGGCGCUCGAAUUCAGCGGGAAGCUCCCGGAGGAAGAUCUUCUCGUCGACGUCUUCGUCGAGCACCAAAAGUGGAGGACCGCGGUCGCGGGGGUCUUAAAGCGCCGAGGCGCGACCGCGGGCGUGGAGGGGAUCGCGCAGGCGGCGAAGGAGAAAGCCGACGCCGCCGCGAGGGCGCUCGCCGCGGUCAGAGACGCGCGACUCGCGCGCAUCAAGGGCGUGCACGAUCGCACCGCGGCGGUGCAACAAGCGCAGAUCAGCGCGGGCGCGACCGCGAUGGCGGCCGCGCUGCUCGGCGCCGGCGGAGGCGGCACCGCGGCUGCGGCGUUGGAAGCCGCGCAGAGAUCCGCGCACAUGGCGCCGGAGCAGCAACUCGAGAUGCUCGGGCAGCAAGUCGCCGCGGCGGCGGCGAUGAAGCAGCAGCAGCUCACGCAGCUGAGAGGCGCCGUCGCCGCCGCCGUCGCCGCGGGGCUCGCCGGCGGCGACGGCGGCGCGGAGUCCGUCGCCGCGGCCGCGGAGUCCGCGUCGCCGUUCGAGGCUCUCCUCGUGUCGCAUCUGCAAGAGCUCGGGACGUUCGUGCAUCAGCUCGCGACGUGCCAGCAACAGAUUUUGACGCAGCAACAGCAGAGCGCGGCGAAUCCGGCGGGGUCGCAAGCCGCGGCGACGGCGCAGUACCAAGUGUUGAUUCAGGUGAUGAUGAUGCAGCAGCACUUCCUGACGCUGUCCAAGCAGCAAGACCUUCAGCUCGAGGCGCUCGGCGGGGGGCUGCUCGAGCAGCAGCGCGUCGCCGCCGCCGCGGCAGCGGCGGCGGCGGAGCAAGACGAGGAGGACGACCCCGACGCGGAGGCGCCGGAACCGCAGCCGCAUCCGGAGGCGGCGGCGGCGGAGCCGGAACCCGAGGCGAAGGCGAAGAAAGAAGAAGAGGAACCGAAGGCGGAGCAGCCGAAGACGGAGGAGACCGAGCCGAAAGAAGAACCGCCGAAAGAAGAACCGCCGAAAGAAGAACCGCCGAAAGAAGAACCGCCGAAAGAGGACGUCGAGAUGAAGGACGCGGACGCGGACGCGGACGCGAAAGAGCCGACCGCGGAGGAGCCCGCCGCGCCGGCGUCCGCGGCCGCCGCCGCGGAAGAGGACGACCACGACAUCGAAGCGAAAGAGGAGAUGCCCGGCGUUGCGCCUCUCGCGGUGACGACGGCGUCGAAAGAACCCUCCCCUGCGAACGACGCGAACGCGAGCGAACCCAUCACGGCGCCGCCGCCUCGACGCAAGAAAGCCCUGGAAGGCCCGAGCGAAGAGGAGAAGGCGCUCGAAGCCGCGCACGCGGCGGCUGCCGCGGAGUACGCCGUCGCCGCGUCCAACCUCGGCGAGGUGGCGUCCCCGGACCCGAAGAAGCAAAUCUUCGCCGGGCUGAAAGGCGCGCUCGCGAUGGAGAUCGACCUCAACCCCGCGGACGAGGAGCUCCCGAGCUUGCUCCGCGAGGUGUGCGGCGCGUCGUGGCGAGCGAGGGCGUCGGCGGCGUUGCACCCGAUCGUGUCCCCGCGGUCAGCAGCGGCGAUAAGCGCGGACGACGAUAACCCGAACCGGUACCCGACGUUGCACGCGCUCGUGGAUUUGAAAGAGACGGGGAUCGCGUCCGGGUGCAUUCGAUACGCCUCCGACGGGGACAAAGAGUUCGUGGUCCCCGGGAUCGAGCCGUUGGGCGACGAAGUCUUAGCGUUGGAAGCCGCGGGACAGUCGUGGCUCGACCGCGCUGCGGACGCGGUCGACGGCGCCAAGGAGGUCCCCGUGGACGAGGUGCAGGCGCUGAUGGCGCAGGGCAAGGCGCUGCCGAUCAACCUGAAGGACGAGCUCGAAGAACUCGGCGAACGGUGCGAGGUGUACUGCCUGUGUAAGACGGCGUACGACGCGCUCAGGCCGAUGAUCAGCUGCGAUAAGUGCGAGGGGUGGUUUCACUACGAGUGCUGCGGGAUGUCUCCGCCCGGUUUGGACGAGGAGGAGGACACCGGCGUGACGUUCAAGUGCCCGCCGUGCUGCGACGCCGGCGGCGAGACGUUUGUCGUUCACCGCCCCGCGGUGACCGCGGAGCAGCUCGAGGCGGUGAAGAAGAAGCAGAAGCCGUAUGGGCAAACACCCUCAGAGGCUGUGGAGGCGAACGUGGACGUCGAGGAGGCGAACGUGGACGUCGUGAUGGCGGAGGCGGAGGAGGAAGAGGAAGAGGCGGCGGCGGCGGCGGCGGCGGCGGAGGCGGAGCCCGAAGCGGCGGCCGAGCCGGAGCCGGAGCCGGAGCCUGAGCCCGAGCCGGAGCCGGAGCCGGAGCCCGAGCCUGAGCCCGAGCCUGAGCCCGAGGUGGCGCCGGAGCCCGCGGCGGAGCCGGAGCUGGAGCCGGAGAAGCCGGCGGCGGAGGAGAAGGAGAAACCGACGAAGAAGGCGAAGGGCAGGUCGAAGCCCGCGCCCGCGCCGCCGACGGAAGGUCUUCGGCGCGGCAGAAGUCGAAAGUAA